UUUGGACUGUGUGGAAGAACAAUACUACACUGCAAGAUCUAACAUGGAGUCUUCUGAAAUCGGUGGAGGAGGAGCUAAACCAGAGGGGACACGAGACUCAUUUAGAUGAUGAUGAUGAUUGUGGUGACCAUGAUGAUGAAAUGCAACAUGCCAAGGGCUCCACAAUGCGGCCCAAAGAGCCUCCACCACCGCCUCCCAACGUCAAGCCCAUUCCCAUUCCACAGGAUGUUGCCAACUCCCCUGCACACCAUGGCUCCCCUGGUGACCAUGAUGACCACGGGGGGACCAUCAAGCGUUGUCCAGCCACCGAGAGCCCCGCCCGCUCUGCCACCCAUGUGCCACCCAGGCCGCCGCCCCCCAGACUCCCCCCGCACAAGCAGGUUAGCUUAGGCAAUGGGUUCAGCCCAUCAGAAGUGAGCGGGGAUGCUGGUGUUGCCGAGAAGCAGUCUACUAUGCCACCUUGUGUCACCACGAGGAAGGACAGGAAAGAGAUUCCGAUGGGAGCCUGUUUCUCCAAAGUCUUCAAUGGCUGCCCUCUAAAGAUCCACUGUGCGGCGUCAUGGAUCAACCCCGACACGAGAGACCAAUACCUGCUAUUCGGUGCUGAAGAGGGCAUUUACACUCUAAAUCUCAACGAACUGCAUGACUCCUCCAUGGAACAGCUCUUUCCCCGGAGAUGUACGUGGCUUUAUGUCAUGAGUAAUAGUCUGCUCUCCAUAUCUGGAAAAGCCUCGCAGCUCUACUGUCACAAUCUGGCGGGUCUGUAUGAGCACGCUCGACAGAUGCAGAAGCUGCCAAUGGCCAUCCCCACCCACCGGCUCCCAGACAAAAUCAUUCCAAGGAAAUUUUCCAUCUCCAACAAGAUUCCCGACACCAAGGGAUGUCAGACGUGCUGUGUGGUGAGAAAUCCUUACACGGGCCACAAGUACUUGUGUGGAGCCUUCCAAUCCAGUGUGGUCAUGUCGGAAUGGGUGGAGCCCAUGCAGAAGUUCAUGCUCAUCAAGAACAUUGACUUUCCCCUGCCCUCACCGAUGGAGGUUUUUGAGAUGCUUGUGGUGCCCGAGCACCAGUACCCCCUCAUCUGUAUGGGCGUCAGCAAGGGCACGGAGCUCAACCAGGUGGUACGCUUUGAGACGCUGGACCCCAACACCGUUUGCCCCUGGGCUCAAAGAGUCCGACACUCACAGACCUGUGUUAGCCAUGUGACUCAACUGGAAAGAGACACCAUUCUUGUCUGCCUGGAUCGAUCCAUUAAGAUUGUGAAUCUGCAGGGGAGGCUGAAGUCCAGUAGAAAGCUUUCAGCUGAGCUGACGUUUAAUUUCCAGAUUGAGUCGAUAGUGCCUUCAAGACAGUGUUCUGGCUUUCUGGAGACAUGGCAUGCAAGGACGGAGUUUCAAAUCUAAUGAGAUUACACAGGAAAUUUCCGACAACACCAGGAUAUUCCGACUCCUAGGAUCAGACAGGUGAGAAAUCCAUUUUUAGAUUGAGGCUAAAUCUGUUUAGCAAGUAUCAUCAACUACAGUAGAUUCAGCCUCGAGACGAUUUCUUUUCAUGAGCGGAUGGUCAGGGGGCCGGAACAUAAUUACAAAGAAUUUGUAACCUGCAAAUUGACCACAAGAAGCCCAAACAGAUAUAAUAUUUGACUAAAACAUAAUCAUGUCAAACCUUGCUUACAUUUGUAUACAAUCACAUACUGUUACUGUGUAUCUCUCUAUUAUGUGUGUGAAUACUUUGUAACAGAUUUCCAAAAUUAAAAUCCCUUGGAGCUGAUUUGCUGUUUUACAGUCUUAUGUCUGACAAUAAAAUAAUGUGUUAUAAAUGUGUUAUUUUAAACUUGUUUAACUUAUAAUUCACUGGAUCACAAUUCCAGUGGGUCAGAAGUUUACAUACACUUAGUUGA